AUGCUAGAUCCCAUCGCUCUGCGUGAGGUGUUCAGCGUCGAUCCUCACGUUAACUUUGGCACGGUGGCAGGGUUGCGAUCGGUAGAAGGUGCACCAGGACUGGAGAACGUGGAUCUUGGGUUUCCUGCGUUCUCUGAUUACUUUGAUGAGCCAAAGAAACCCGAUUUUACAGGAGAUCGCAUCGCCGUUGGCCACCAGGAAGAAAAGAAGGAGUCAGCUGGUUCUCCUUUCACUAAUUUCAAGAAGAAUAGCCUGCCUAGUGCCAAUGGCUCGCUUCUGAGGCAACCUCCAGCUAUAGCAUCUACAGACGACGCGGACGACAACCUCCUUAUCCAUCACCGAAAGUAA